AUCUGAGCUUUCAUCUUGUUAAAAUUAUAUAUUAGUUCAUACAAAGUAAAAAAAAAAAAAUCACUUCAUUAAAAUUUUGAGGAUUUGUUGACCUUCACUCUGCUUGGAUUUUGAGUUCCAUGUCUUUAUUCUUUAAGUGUUCUUGAUUGUUCGGCCGCAUGGAGGCCUCUUCCCGAUUCUGAAGAGAAGAUGACGACGGCUUCGGCCGUCGCUUUUCAAGCCUAUUUCCCAUAUCUAAUUCGUUCUCUUAAGAAUUCAUCCUCUCUUGCUUCCGUCACCUCGGCACAUUCCAAGUUCCUCAAGGCCGGCAUUAUCGCCGGCACUACGACGGCCAACCACUUCAUCAACGGUUACUUGAGGUGUGGCUCAGUAUCCUCUGCGCAGCAGAUGUUCGAUGAAAUGGCUGAACCGAACGUUGUCUCCUGGACUUCGCUUAUGGCUGGUUAUGUUGACGCUGGGCAAGCAAACCAGGCCAUCUUCAUCCUGCAGGCAAUGCCCAUGGAUGGGAUCGAACCGAACUCCUUCACCAUUUCCACAGCCAUUAAUGCCUGUUCCCAGCUUGCCAAUGUUCGGGUUGGCAGGAUUCUUCAUGCCCGAAUAGAGCUUCGAGGCCUGCAAUCAGACGUCGUGGCGUCCACCUCAUUGAUUAACAUGUAUGGGAAAACCAACGACGUAUCUGCUGCACGACAAGUGUUCGAUGGAAUGUCUCAAAGAAAUAUUUACAGCUGGGGCACAAUUAUAUCCGUAUACGCGCAGAAUGCCUGUGGUAACGAAGCGUUAUAUCUGUUUAGAAAGUUUUCAUCGAAGAUGCGCCCCAACCAUUUCAUGCUUUCAAGCGUUAUUAAUUCCUGCGCGGGCUUAGGAAGAUUUGGACCAGGGCGAUCAGUCCACGCAGCUGUGAUUCGUUUAGGCCAUGAGGGCAAUGAUGUCAUCGCUGGAGGGCUGAUUGACAUGUACGCCAAAUGCGGCUGUGUUGAGUACUCCCGCGUAGUCUUUAACCAUAUAGCAGUUCCUACCCUCAUACCUUUCACAUCCAUGAUCGCUUCGGCGGCAAGGCAUGGCCUUAGUGGCCUUGCUCUCUCACUGUUUGAUGAUAUGCUUGAUUUAAGAAUUCAGCCAAAUAGCAUCACUCUACUUGGUGUACUCCAUGCCUGCAGCCACUCCGGUCUCAGUGAUAUCGGCCUCAGCUGCUUCAAUUCAAUGCACCACAACUAUGGCAUCCCUCCGAAUGCAAAACAUUACACUUGUGCGGUUGACAUGUUGGCCCGUGCUGGGCGGAUAGAUGAGGCCCUCAUGCUAGCUUGCCAGGUCGAUGCUUCCGGACACGAUGGGUUGAUGCUAUGGAGUGUGCUGGUCUCAGCUGCCCGGAUGAAAGGGCGGCUCGAUGUGGUGGAGAAGGCGAGCGCACAAAUGUCUAAGCUUGAGCCUGGACAGCAUGAUGUUGCUGGCAUCUAUGUUGCUAUGUCGAAUGCCUACAUUUCAGCAGGGAAGUUAGAUGGCGCUUGGAGGGUUCGAAAAGAGAUGCAGCGACGAGGGGUCAGGAAGGAUCCUGGGUGUAGUUGGAUUGAGGUAAAGAACUUGGUUUUUGUCUUCUAUGCUGGGAAUAUUGUGGCUUGCCCGAGGAAGGAAGAGGUGAUGGGAUUGUUGAGAAAGUUGGAAGAGAGAAUGGCUGCAGAGAUGGGUUAUAAGAGAAGUUUUAGUAGUUAUGUAGAGUUUGAUAAUGAUGGUUUGGGAGUGGAAAGCUUGAUGGCUGGGGUUCAUAGUGAGAUGCUGGCUAUGGCAUUUGGGAUCUUGAGUUUUCCUAAUGGACGUAAGAUUAGAAUCAUGAAGAAUUUGAGGAUGUGUGGGGAGUGCCAUCUGGUGUUUAAGAUGGUGAGCAAGAUAGAGGAGAAGGAGUUUGUGGUUAGGGAUCUGAAUAGAUUUCAUCAUUUCAAGGAUGGGAUUUGUAGCUGUAUGGAUUAUUGGUGAAAUGGCUUUGUUAUGUUGUGAAUCUGAUGAAAGCAAAGAAAGGUUUUUGUCAAUAAAAAGGGUCAAAUACGGUUUUCGUAUUCCUACCAGACUCUACAAGACAGUAAUUUUCUUGUCAAACCCCCUCCUCCCCAGCAAGCCCCCCAAAUCUCCUCAGCAGCCAUACUUUUCAUUUUCAGCUGAAGAACAGGCAAUUCUCCUGGAGAAAAUAAUGAAAUCAGCCCAGGAUACCUGCACAAAACUCUUCCAUGAAUUUGAAGAUAGGCUGAGCAGGAAGAUUAAGCAACUAGUUAAAAGAGUGCAAGUAAUUGAUGGCAAGCUCAACCAUUGUUAACUGUCAGCAACCAUUUUAUCCUGAGCAACAACUCGCUCCCUCCUCCUCAUCCUGCCAGUAACCAAUCCAAAAUAAAAGGAUACUUUUCAUAGUCCAACUAAAGCAGGAAGCCCAAGACGAACCAAAUUUUCCUUACCCCAGAAAAACCAGAUAUAUAUCCCUGCCCCAGAAAAACCAGAUAUCCCUGCACAAGACAAACCAAAUAUCCCUGCCCUAGAAAAACUAGAUAUCCCUGCCCAAGACAAAUAGAUAUCCCUACCCAAGCUUCUAAUGAGUCAGAAGAGUAUAUUAUAAAAUUUAAGAGAAAGGUGAAUGUGAAGAAGCAGAAAUUAGAUAUCCCUCCCCCAACCCAAAAUGAUCCAAUCGACGUUGAGGGCGUUGUAAUAAUUGCUCAACCUGUAAAUACAAUAAUGGAAUACAUAGGCAGCGACAUAUUGUGUUAGAACAAAAAAUUUCUAGAUGAAGGCUUUAUGAAGUUUACUGCCAAGUAAAUUCUAUAAGACUAUGUUAUUACUUAUUAAUUUCAUUUUGUUAGUUUUUUUUU